CAUGUGAUAUGUCAUAUCAAACAUUCUCUUAUUUUGUUGUUCAGUAAAGAUAAAGAAUUUAUAAUGUUCCUGAUGAUAUUUUAUUAUGGAAAGUUACCAAGCCGAAUAUGACAAGAACAGUGCCUUGUCUGAUACGUUUUGGAGGACACCACAACGCGCAAUCCCGGGAAGACCUUUACAAAGGGUGCAGAAGGACGAGGUUAUGUCUGGGUCAUCAUAUCAACAAUUCCAGGCAUCGGUGAACGAUGCCUGGGACCUUGGAGACGACGACAUCAUAUCUGGUAUCGCGGAGGCGAAGAUAUCGAAAGCCAUAUCGGAAACUGCAGCUUUAAAUGUGAUAAAUUCGCAUAGGAAUAGUACGAAAAAUGUAAACAAAAGUGACGUCAAAGUAGAGAGUGAAAAUAUAAAACCUAAAGAGGAGGCGUUGGCCGUGCGGAAAAAUGAAAUUAGGAGGACUGGAGGUGGUGUGGGGAGUAGCACAGGACUUAUCAGACAUUACCCUGGGCGUCCUCGCCCUGUUAGACUGUCUGCGUUAGCGUCACGCGAGGAAAGCAGUGAAUCUAAGCUAGAAAGGUUUCAACAAAUACUUGAAAGUCCUGUUUUGGAUUUAGAUGAGUUGAAACAGUUAAGUUGGUCAGGAAUACCUAUUAAAACAAGAGCUGUAACAUGGCGCCUCCUAGCUGGUUACUUGCCAGCAAAUGCAGAGCGUCGAGCGGAGACAUUAGAAAGGAAGAGAGCUGACUACAAGCACCUUGUAAGACAGUACUAUGAUGCGGAACGUGAAGAGGAUACAUACAGACAGAUACACAUUGAUAUACCUCGUAUGAGUCCACUCGUAGCAUUAUUCCAGCAGAUUACUGUGCAGGUGAUGUUUGAGCGCAUUUUGUACAUAUGGGCGAUCAGACACCCUGCAUCCGGUUACGUACAAGGCAUUAACGACUUGGUGACUCCAUUCUUUAUGGUGUUCCUGCAAGAGGCAGCUCCCGGCAAGGAGUUGGACAACUUUCCUUUAGACGAGCUGACGCAGGAGCAAAGAGAUAUAAUAGAGGCGGACUCCUUCUGGUGCCUGUCCAAGUUCCUCGAUAGUAUACAAGAUAAUUAUAUAUUUGCACAACUUGGCAUACAGUAUAAGGUAAAUCAACUAAAAGAACUAAUACGUCGCAUCGACCAACAACUACACGAGCACUUGCAGACGCACGGCGUAGACUAUCUCCAGUUCUCCUUCCGCUGGAUGAAUAACCUGCUCACACGAGAGAUACCCUUACCCUGUACGAUACGCCUCUGGGAUACCUACCUCGCGGAAUCGGACGGGUUCGCGACCUUCCAGCUUUACGUAUGCGCAGCUUUCCUCCUACAUUGGCGGGAAAAACUCAUGCUGGAAAGAGACUUCCAAGGCCUCAUGAUAUUAUUACAAAAUGUACCGACACAAAACUGGACGGAUUCUAACAUAAGUCUGCUCGUAGCGGAAGCUUAUAGGUUAAAAUUCGCCUUCGCAGACGCACCGAACCAUUUGCACAAUGCCGCCAAAUCUGACAGAUGACGUGUGACGUCACGCUGAUUCAAGCGAUUCACCGCCUUAAAUACGACGGCGCAAAGCUCUAUUUCGGAUGACGUUUGUCAACAGUGAAUGGACUGAAAGGGCAGGGUAUUGGAUAUUCGACUUUAUGAUGCGGGAACUAAGGUUCACAUUCGUAUGGGUAGCUUUGUAUUGUAAAGGGCCUAAUGUGUGGAUUUGUUUAGCCUGUAAAGUGCUACCGUUUUAUGGAAAGCGACACGAUCUUGGUUUACUUUUAUUUCUGUUUUUUUGUAUGUCAUUUGUGUAUUAUUUUGAUUUUAUUAAUAUGUUAUUUUACUUAGAU